AUUAAUGACCCCGAAAGGAUAUUUGUCCAUCCAAUUUGAUGUGAAAAUCCAAACGGAGCCCCGAGUUAGCUAUAUAUAGACGCAGUCGGUUGCGUGAAAUUCAAUUCAACGCAUUGAAAUUUUGAAGAUCUGUAAGAAUUCUGGAAAAGAGAUUUAAGCAUACAAAUAGAGAGAAGAAAUGGCACAGGCGAGUAAAGAGCCCUGUAAGAAACAGGCUUGCGAUAUUCAAGCUUGUCUUUCCAAGAACAAUUUCCUUCCUCAAAGGUGUGUAAAAGUGAUCGAAGCAUUGAAAUAUUGUUGUGAGCAAUGUGAAUACAAGUCAACGCAUUGUGCUUCUCUGUCUGGGCUGCUUAAGCAAAUACAGAAAAAUUAGAGUUUGAUGGCUACAGUUGGCUUCAGACUUCAGAUAAUACCAUAUCCUGGUUGUGUUGCUUCUCAGAGCCAAACAUCUUGUGACUUUAUGGACGUUCUCAAUGCAAUCAAGAAAGCUGGAUCACUACUCUAAGUGAUUAUUGAUUUUAGUUUCAUUAUUAGGAAUCUGAGUUUAGAAGUUGAGAAUGUAUUUCAGCUGUAUGACACAGUUAGCAUAGCUGUUGAACCUCAUAAGCGAGCGGCAUACUUAAUUUCUUUAGCAAAUAAAUAGUAGAGGUGGAGAUGGUUGUGGCGAACUGAACUCAUUGUCUCAUUUAGACCAGCUUGCCUUGUAUACACAAAUAGAGCAAGAUAUCUCAGUCGGCAUCAUAUAUUUUACUA